AUGGAUCGGCUUGUUCGCGGGGCGGUUAUGCCUAAGGAGAUUGGUCAGGGACAGCAUUUUUCGCGCAACCGGACUGAAAAGACACUCACCCACAUCAUUGCUAAGGGAAGCCAGCGCAUUAUAGAGCCUCAAUACAUUCCCCUAAUGAUCCCUGCUUCGGAAAGAGAUCUCGAUAAUGAUCCUAGAGCUUCUUCUAGUCGGCUCCAUCCCUGGCUGGGCGAUAGUCCAACCAUGCUUCUCAUCCCGAUCCCUCUUAUCCAGCUGAACCUCAAUGGUGAUGAUCUUUCUAUCAUCAUCUGA